AUGAAGACUACCACGCUCAUUGCUGCCGCCACUUUGGCCGGCGCCGUCGCCGCCAACCCCAUCGCAUGGUCCAAGGUCAGCCCUCGUAGCGAGUUUGCCGCUCGCAUGGCCGAGGACUCCCACAUUGCCGCCCGAUCCAUCUCCAGCGACGCCGGCAAAUUCUCGUCCAAGAAGUUCGACUAUCUCGUUGUCGGUGCCGGUACUGCUGGUCUCGCCCUUGCCGCCCGUCUUUCCGAGGGCGGCAAGUACAAGGUCGGUGUCCUCGAGGCCGGCGGUAAUGGCUUUGGCGUCGGCAUCAUCGACACUCCCGGUCAGUUCGGUGCCGAUCUCGGCACGAUCUAUGACUGGAAUUACACCACAGUAGCUCAGGAAGGCGUUCCCUCUAGCGGCUGGCCCCGUGGCAAGGUCCUCGGUGGUUCGUCGGCUCUCAACUUUUACGUCUGGGACCGAUCAUCUCGCUACGAGAUCGACGCCUGGGAGCAGCUUGGCAACCCCGGAUGGAACUGGAAUAACCUCUACUCUGCCAUGAAGAAGUCGGAGAAGUUCCACCCUCCCAGCCAGGAGAACGCCGACCUCCUCGGUGUCAAGCCCGUCGCCUCGGACUACGGUUCGUCCGGCCCCAUCCAGGUCGCUUUCCCCAACUACAUUUCGCAGCAGGUUCGUCGAUGGAUCCCUGCCCUUCUUGCGCUUGGCAUCCCCAAGAACGAUCAGCCUCUCGCUGGUGAGAAUGUUGGUGUCUCGCAGCAGCCUUCGGACAUCAACCCUACCAACUACACUCGCUCUUACUCGGCACCUGCCUACCUCUUCCCGAACCAGGCUCGACCCAACCUCGAAGUGUUGACCAACGCGCUCGUGUCCAAGGUCAACUUCGACACAAGCUGUGGCUCGCUCUGGGCCAACGGUGUUUCGUUCAUCAGCAACGGCCAGACCUACACUGUCAAUGCCACCAAGGAGGUCAUCCUCUCGGGUGGUACCGUCAACACUCCUCAGCUCCUCGAGCUCUCCGGUAUCGGCUCCAAGAGCGUGCUUUCCAAGGCUGGCGUUAAGGUUCUCUACGAGAACUCCAACGUCGGUGAGAACAUGCAGGACCACACCUACUCGGCCACCGUGUACAAGCUCAAGCCCGGCUUCCAGACGCUCGACUCGCUCCGCUCCAACGCCACUUUCGCCUCUGAGCAGGCUGCCGCUUACAAGGCCAACCAGUCGUCGAUCCUCACCGAGACCGUCCCGUCGAUCUCUUACGUCUCGCUCGCGCGUGUUGUGGGUGAGCAGCGCGCCGCGGCUAUGAUCGCCGAGGUAUCCAAGUACGUCGCUGCGUCGCAGGCUCCUUACAAGGCUACGCUCAAGAAGCAGCUCGAGUUCCUCACCAAGUACCCUGACCAGGUUGGUCAGAUGGAGCUCAUCGGUAUCGACGGCUACUUUGCUGGCACUGGCGCUCCUAAGGCGGACGAGACCUACUUCACCAUCCUCGCCGCCAACCAGCACUUGUUCUCGCGUGGCAACAUCCACAUCUCUUCCAACGACGCCACCAAGUACCCUCUUAUCGACACCAAGUACUUCAGCGUCCCCUUCGAUGUCCAGAUCUCCACUGCCGGUACCAACUACACGCGCCGCAUCGGUCUCGGCAAGACCUACAGCGACAUGGUGGACAGCGAGUACUGGCCCGGCAACGUCGACCUUGAGACCUACACAAAGACCACCUCGGUUACCGAGUACCACCCCAUCGGAACCGCGUCCAUGCUUCCCCGCGACCAGGGUGGUGUCGUCGACCCAAGCCUCAAGGUGUACGGCACCAUGAACCUGCGUGUGGUCGAUGCCUCGAUCAUGCCUCUUCACAUUGCUGCUCACAUCCAGGCCACCAUCUACGGUGUUGCCGAGUACGCUGCCAAGAUCAUCAAGAGCCAGGCAUGA